UGCACAGUACUUCACAUCAGGAGAAUGCAUUUCACUCUGGCAUGGAGCAUCUUCUCCAAAAUCUUCAGAGAUCAAUCAGAAACGAAUAAAAAAGGUCUAUUAGGCAGUAAAUAUUCUCAAACAGGUACGUGAAUCGUGCUACCUCAAAUCUGGAAAAACUUGGAGUCUGUCCCAAAAAUGAUGCAAAUAUGCUACAUCAUGUGGAUGUUUAAUGUGCAGACCAGAUGACAUUUCUGUUGCUUCACUGAGCAGGUUGUUCAGUCACUGCAGUAUCAAUGUAUUUCUGUAACUUUCCCCUCCUCAUUAGGCCAAACAUGCCUUAAUGUCCUCUGUGUGAGCCAAGUAAAGACGUAUUUGAGGUCACAAGCUUGUUUACAGCAUUACAUCCACAGAGCUUUCACAGCAUCCAACACUCCACGGAGCAGUCAGGAGAGACGGAUCACGAAGAGCAGGACGUCCACACAUACUUUCUGUCUACACGAUCCUGCUUCCUAAUCAGUUUUCACUCUGAGUAAGGAUCUCGCCUUCCCAGGAAGAUGAUGGCGGCUGCGCAGGUGUCGGCCCUGAGCCUGACAACAUCCUCUGUGGACACAGAGGACUAUAGCAUUUAUGCUAACAUGUCUGAGGACCAGCUCCUGCAGAUAGCUAUCGAGCGAAGUAUAGCUGAUGCUAAUGCUCAACAAAACUAUUCUCGCAGACCACGACUGAUGCCACAGUGUUCACAUCUUCCACGGUCUCAGAGCAUCCCUCCUCCUGCAAACCCACCAUCUAAUGCAUCUGCUAACCCAGCGGCUAAUCCACCAGCUAACCCACCACUCAGGCUGUCAGCUAGUAUCAGCCAAGGUGCUCCAUACCAGGACAACCAUGAAAUGAUUGCAUGGAAAAGAUACAGUGAAUGUCUACGGGUUACUAUCGAAUCGGUCAAAGAUUUAGACCCUUUUCUAGCAGCGAUUUGGAAAGGUGAUGCUAAGACUCUAAGUGUGCUAAUAAAAACCAAAUCCAGAAACCUUUUGGAAGCUAAUCAGGAGGGUUGGCUCCCCCUGCACGAUUCUGCUUACUACGGCCAUGUUGACUGUCUAAAGAUUUUGCUAAGUGCCGAACCAGAGACGAUUAACAGAUGCACCCCAAAGAACCAAACUCCACUUCUACUGGCCACGAGUCGGCGACAUUCAGCCUGUGUCUGUUAUCUGUUGGAGAAGGGUGCUGAUCCCAACCUGGCAAACAACCAGAGGGAGACUCCACUGUACAAAGCUUGUGAAAAGGGAGCUGAAGAAGUUGUUGGCCUUCUAUUAAGGCAUGGAGCACUGGCAACCAAGUCAACUCUGCAAGGUGUAACCCCACUGCAUGAAGCAGUGGCAUGCAAAAAUGUGGAGAUAUGCAAGAUGCUACUGCAAGCAAAGGCAAAACUGAUGGCUAAAAACAUUUAUGGCAUAGAUCCGCUAUUUACAGCAGCUCAGUGUGGUUUUGCAGAAGUUCUUAGCUUCCUGCUCAUGAAAGGUGCGGACGUCAACACUCGGGCUAACGAUGGUGCCUCAGCCUUGUUUGAAGCCUCUAAAAAUGGUCACAGUGCAGUCGUGGAGAUUCUCUUGUCCAGAAAGGCAGAUGCUAACAAAUCUAACAAAGCUGGACUAUUUCCUAUUCAUGUUGCUGCUAAAAAUGGACAUGAUGGAAUUAUUGCGAUGCUAAUACCAAGAACUAGCAGGGACAAAAUAAAGCACUGUGGCAUCAAUCCUCUUCAUAUGGCCGCAGAGUGCAACAGAGACAAUGUUCUUGAGAUGCUGAUAGAUGCCGGUUUUAAUGUCAACUCCAUGAUGUCAGAGGAUUGGUCCAAAAUGUAUGAGGAUCAUCGCAGCACCGCGCUCUACUUUGCCGUGUCCAACAGUAAUGUAUAUGCAGCCACAAUGCUCCUGGAGGCUGGAGCCAACACAAACCUGGACACCUUCAAUCCUCUACUUGUUGCUCUGAGGAAGAACUGCAUGGAAAUGGUUAAGCUUCUGGUCAACUAUGGUGCGAAUAUUAACUCCAUUCUCCAAACUCACCCCACUGACUUCCCAGCUGCUUUGAUUUUUUGCUUGAAUUACUUGCCAAUGUUUAAGUACCUCAUGGAUAAUGGAUGUGAUGCCCUAUCGUGUUUUAAGUGCAACUAUGGCAGCCAUCCUCACCCACCCAUAAAAUCCAGCAGAGACGGAAGAGACAGGCUAUAUUACAUCAGCGAAGAAAAUUCAGAAAGCGUACAGUUCUGUGAGGUGAUCUCCAGGCCAUCAGUCUCCAGUUGGGCUGGACCCAUCAUUGACAUACUUCUAGACUACGUGGGUCAUGUGAACCUCUGUUCCAGACUUAUUGAACAUCUGGACAGUUACAGUGAAUGGGCUCAAAUCAAAGACAAAGCAACACCUCCUCGUCCAUUGAUGCAGCUCUGCAGAGUAAAGAUUCGUCAGCAGCUGGGAAUCCAGAGACUAAGACAGAUGAACAAUCUUCCUUUGCCUGGGAGGCUUAUCAAGUUCUUACGGCAUGAGAGAGAAUAAUUUAUUAUUA